UUGUCGGCUCUACGAAGUACUUUUCAGGUGCUUGUCCUAGUUGCUGAAGUAAUUGUAGACUGGCUGAAACAUGCAUUUAUAACGAAAUUUAAUGAAAUACCUGCAGAAGUAUAUCAAGGUCUUGUAUGGAUUUUUUUGUUAACUAUGAAAAUAUUAAAUGGCAUUGUGGUGCUUGGGAAAGCGUGUGAACAUGUUAAGCAUUAUCGAGAACUUCAGGAAAAAACAGAGUGCGAAAUAUUCAGGAAGAGAGUGCUAAUGAUGAAAAGCAAAAGUGCUCCAAAUGUUCUGCAUCAGACUGCAGCAAGCAAAGGUUUUACUGUGUCGGAUCUCAUGUCUCACUGGGGUGAACUUAGUAACACCUUGGAGACUAUACCAAGUCGUAGUGUGGAGUCCGCUUCAGUAUCGGAGCCACGAAGGACGAAAUCGUUGGCUAUUUUCAAACCUCGCAGGGAUAAUUCGUUGCCACCACAAGUAGCAAUCGCUGAAGGUGAAGAAAAAGAAGAUAUUUCUGAAGUAAGUGAUCAAACAAGGAGUUCUCCGAGGAGGCGCACUCGAACAACAGAGUGUGAAAGUCUUUCUGAUGUCCAAGCCUAUACAAUGCUAGGCAGUGCCACUGAACCAGCUGAAGGCAUACACUCUUAAUA